UACGCAUUCCAGUCGAUCGAUACCCAUUGCAAAUUAGCUCCUCUUGACACACAAAACGACACAACUAAGUAGCUUCUUGAUACCCAUUGCAAAUUAGCUCGAUCACAUGGGUUUUGACAACAGAUUCGACGACCGCGCCUCUGGCCCGAGCCACACUGUCUGCGUCACCGGAGCCGGAGGGUUCAUCGCGUCCUGGCUUGUCAAGCUCCUCCUUGAGAAAGGCUACACCGUGCGGGGCACUGUCAGGAACCCAGAUGAUGAUGCAAAGAACGCGCACCUGAAAGCGUUGGAUGGAGCGGUAGAGCGGCUGACCCUGGUGCGGGCAGACCUGCUGGACAAGGAGAGCCUCGCCGCCGCGUUCCGAGGCUGCGAGGGCGUCUUCCACACCGCCUCCCCCGUCACGGACGACCCGGAGAAAAUGAUCGAGCCGGCAGUGGACGGGACGAGGAACGUGAUCAAUGCCGCUGCGGACGUCGGAAGCGUCCGGCGUGUGGUGUUCACCUCGUCGAUCGGCGCCGUGUACAUGGACCCUCGCCGCAGCCCCAACGAAGAGGUAGACGAGACGUGCUGGAGCGACCUGGAGUACUGCAAGAACACCAAGAACUGGUACUGCUACGCGAAGACGGUGGCGGAGCAGGCGGCAUGGGAGCUCGCCAAACAACGGCGGCUGGACCUCGUCGUCGUGAACCCGUCGCUGGUGCUCGGCCCGCUGCUGCAGCCGGCGGUGAACGCCAGCACGUGGCACAUCCUCAAGUACCUCGACGGCUCGGUGCAGACGUACGCCGACGCCGCGCAGGCGUACGUGCACGUCCGCGACGUCGCCGACGCGCACGCGCGCGUGUACGAGGAGCCCGGCGCGCGGGGCCGGUACCUCUGCGCGGGGCGCAUGCUGCACCGCGGCGAGGUGUGCCGCAUCCUCGCCAAGCUGUUCCCGGACUAUCCGGUUCCGAGCAAAUGCAAGGGCAGGGCGGGGGAGACGAACAAGGGGUGCCGGUUCAGCGGCCGGCAGCUGGCCGAGCUCGGCGUCGGGGUCACGCCGGCGAGCCUCUGCCUGUACGAUGCGGUCACGAGCCUCCAGGUCAAGGGCCUGCUUCCACGUCGCGCCGCCGCUGUUGCCGAUCCUUCUGUCAUCUCGUGAACUGACUACUUGUGUUAUCUCCAGCGUCUGGUGACGACGAGAGUGACUACUCACCACCUUGUACCUUCGUUUUUGUUUCCUUUUCCAGUUCUCCUGAUGUAUAGAAAUUUGUUCAAACAAAAUGUCUCCACCAGAGGAAAUAAAACCGAGGAGGCAUGCUUGUGCUUU